AUGCUUGAUCAUGCAACAUCUUCGCAUCCCGUCAACGGACAGAAUGGCCACGUAAUAGGAGGCUUGGACGGCACAAAUGAUGGUGGACAAGGCAGGAUAGUCAACGGAGGGGGAGGAAAUGGGGCAGGCGCCGGAGGAAGCAAACGGCCACCAAUGCCACACAUCGACGACAUCAAGGCUGUUACAGUCAGCAUAGACCCCGCGACCCCGAUUGAAAGCGCUCUCAAGCUUGCCGAGGAAGCCCUCCAGCAGGCCAAAGCCUUCCAGUCCUUUGGCAGGAUUGACAUGGCUUUCAAGUCCUACAUAAAGGCCAACAUCAUAGCUCUCGAUAUCAUACCGAAGAAUAGGGACUGGCCGGUGCUGGAACGAACCCGACCGAACGUAUACAUGCGACACCAACAUCUCCUCCGCCAGAUCAAGUGUCUGAUUCAGGACUUUGACAAGAUCAAAGCACAGAUCAAACAGGAUAACGCCAGAACGGGUGCCCAGCCGCUAUUAGGCAGCCCAAAUCAGCAGAAAAUGCCCAGUGUUGGAAACGGUCAUACGAGAUCACACUCGAAUUUCUCGUCAAAUACCACAAGUCCCAACAGUUCAGUCUACAGCUCGCCUCAACAACGUACGAAUGCCUUGCCAGUUCAGUCAGGAUGGGCCUCGCCUGGGAGGUCCAAGCCGGCCGUACACCCCAAACCUCAGGCUCUCCACGGGCAUACGCUUCAACAGUUUGGAGGUCCAGCGCCGCCACCCACCAAUAAUGCUGCCCAGGACCUCGCUCUACGCUUUGCAAAACUUCGAGCAAACACCGCCAGCACCCCGAGUCCGACCAACACAACAGCAGUACAGGAUCCGCGAAUUCGAACACAGCCUAUUCCACAACCCAUGAUGCCAAUAAAUCCACCGGCACCGCGUGACCCACCGAGGCCACAAUUACCGAGUGUUCCUCCUUCGGCUGCCUUAGCAGAUUUACCUCGAGUGCCAGCUGCUAUCUACAACCCGCCACGUGGUACAGUAUCCAAUGAGGCAGCCGAGCUUCCAUCGAGUGCUCCUCGUGCCAUGUUUUCCAGGAAGGGCUCCACGGCAUCGGUCUCUGGCAUGAAUAGGAACGGCAGACCCCGUACGUCCGAUGAAAACCUUGUUUCUGGACCACCCGUCACAAGUCCGAAGACGAGAUCAAAACCUACUAUACCCGAUGGUGAUACUAUUUCGGCGGAGGAGCUUGAGCGUUAUAUGAGACUUGGUGCUAGGGAAGUGUCCAUUCUCGUGAUUGAUAUCAGAAGUCGCGACGAGUACGAUGACGGGCAUAUCAUGUCUCAAGCAACAAUAUGUGUUGAAAAUGAAGUGCUGCUGAGACCAGAUAUUUCUGCUAGCCAAGUAGCAGAGAGCAUGGUGUUAGCACCGCAAGCAGAACAGCAGCAUUUUGAAAGACGGCAUGAUUUCGAUAUGAUUGUUUUCUAUGAUCAGCAAUCCAAACGGCUCGUAUCAAGUCCGCGGACACCAGAGGAGCGAGCGGUCCUGACUUUUUACAACGCACUUACAGCGUAUGACUAUGCAGGUGGAUCAAGUUCACAACAAAGGCUGAAGUUGCUUAGAGGUGGACUGGAGGCAUGGACUGACCUGGUUGGGACCGGAGCGUUGCAGACAUCCGCCACAAGUGCCACUGCGAGGACACAACAAAGGCCGCCCUUAGCCCACAACCUCACCAAUCGACUACGCAGAAACGUAACGCGGCCGAUUCAAGAUCUCGCAGAGGUUCAAAAAUGGGAAGAAAACGUUGACAUCGUUACUCCGGUAAGGACAACGGAAGAUUUUCUGCGGAGGUACCCUUCAGUUUCAACGAUACAAGAGUCCAUGACUUCACCCAUCCACACUUCUCCCGCUCGGCCAGCGAGCCCGUUGCCUCGACACAUUGUCCACGAACAGAAUCUUUACUCCUCGCUCCCAUCUCCUCCAACUCGCCCGGCCCCAACUGUCCCACGUAGGAGUUAUAGCGGUCUAGCAGAAACCGAUACCAGCACCACGGCAACAUCGAAAAGGUCAUCACUCAAGUCAGGAAUCGAAAAGGUUCGGAAGUUUAGGACUGGUCUUGUCAAUCCCGGUGUGUUCUGCUUCGCCAACAGCUCCCUGCAAGCUAUGUUUGCCACGCCUGGAUUUUCUCGCGAGUUGUACACGGGUGUUUGGAAGGAUGUGUACAAAGUUCCACUGAAAGCCGAUGAGAAGAACGAAAAUCCACAGUUACUCACCAAGUACCUCGCUGGUCUAUUCCACUGGCUUGACGAGGGGACGCUGAGGUCGUUGGAAGCGAAGCAUCUCAUGGCAUAUAUCCACUUCAUUCACUCCAAGAACGCGGAUGGCAGGAAGAAGCCAGAAAGCGAAAUCUUUGGUGGGCCUGCGCAGCAAGACGCCCAGGAGUUCUACUCCUUUAUCAUUGACAACAUCCAUGACGAGACCAACAUUCACCGAGACCGCAAGCCGCCCAAAGAAGAAAAGCCUUAUACGCCCAAGAACGGGACAGUGAUCCAGAACGCCAUUGAUUACUGGCGCGACUACUCAACAGCCAGUGCAUCUAUCAUCGACAAGUAUUUCCGUGGCCUGGAAGUGUUCAUCUCCCGCUGCCAAAACGCCGAGUGCCGGCAAGAAAUCCGCAUGUUCCAGCCCUGCGACGUCUGGAUCCUCAACAUUGCCGCCGAGACAGGAGGCGAAGGCAACGGCUACGGCGCCACAGACCUAGACCGUCUUCUUGCCAGCCACCAAGCAACCGAGCACUUUGCAGAUCUCAAGUGUGAAACAUGCAACAAACCCGGCAGAACAAGACGGGCCAAGUUCGCUCGACUACCGGACCGUCUCGCCUUCUGCCUCAACCGCUUCAACUCGUCCUUCGGUCAGUCACGAUCAUUCACCUCCAUGCUCUCCGGCAGCGGUGGCUCGAAUAAGAUCCACACCAAAGUGCGCUUCCCGAUCCGCGACCUCGAUCUGACUAGAUACUGUGCCGAGCCUGACCCGGAUAUGGCGACCACGGACGAUCCGCACUACGCCGGCCGCAUGAAGUACGAUUGCUACGCCGUCACGGUGCACGUGGGUCAGGGCAUUAACGGCGGACAUUACUAUACGUACGUGCAGGAUGAGCAGUCCAAGGACCCGACGGAUUGGUUCAAGUGUAAUGAUGAUGUGGUGGAGAGGGUGAAGAUCGGGAGUGUCAGUGGUUCAGGGGGCAUAAAUGGGAAUGGGAGCAAUGGUGGCAAUAUACCGGACCUGACGGAGGUGAUGUAUGCGAACGGGAACACGUCGGCUUAUAUGGUUUAUUACCGGAGGCAGGGGACUUGA